AUGGUCGCCAAUAACCAACUGUUAAUCGUCUUCACUUCAGCUGAAUCGAAGCAAAACACCGAAGGAAUAGCUUACCAGUGGAACUACUACGUAGUGGAAAACCAAUAUGGAGACGAUGGAGUUAAACCAGAUACGUGUAGCAAUAGAGGAGAAUCUGCACCCUUACCCAACAAAAACAAAGCUUUGGUUUUGGUAAAUCAUUUCAAGACAGUUCCGGUUAAGAUCUUGACUUGUGAGGAUAACUCUGAACAACUUGUCGAUAUGAUUAAGACAUGUUACUUAGCCGCAGGGAACCGAUGGGCCAAUUAUGUUGCCGUCAACUUUUACAAGAGGAGUAGUGGAGGAGGAACAUUUCGAGCAGUUGAUAAACUAAAUGGAGAGCUUCUAUGUGGACGUGAUGAUGUGCAUGCUUGUUAA